AUGUUUUCUGAUGAUGCAUUUGAUUAUCCACUAGCUCAUUCUUAUUCACUUUUUCAACAAGCUAAAGAUCAAGUAGUUGAAACUAUUGGAAUUGCACAUAAAGCAAUUAACAUUGCUAUUGAAAAAGAUGAUUCAUAUAUUCUUAAGUUUUUGAAAGAAUAUAUAGUUCAAAAUAAAUAUUCUCUUAUUAAAAAUACAACUGGUGAAUCUUUUCUUGGCCAAGAAACAAAUAUUUUUGAAGAACAUUCUGAAUCAA